AUGAACCUGGUGAAUGCAAGCCAUCUGGAGCGCGAGCAGCUUUUGGAAGACUAUGAGAAGUCGUCAAUGGACCACACGCAGGCUCUGAUGAGCGGUCCUCAGUCUUCCAAGUCUCACGCUACGUCAAGAGGUUCUCUGCUGAGAAUGAAAGAGGGCAUUGCGUCUCAAUUCUUCGGCGACACAAGCUUCUACCCCAUUGUUCCUUGUAUCGACGAGGACUUGGAAGAGGACCUUAAACCCACUCGACCAGAAUCCGCAAUUGAGGCCCAGAAAGCGGCGAGCACAGGCGCUAUUGCGGAAUGUGCCAGCGACGUUAUCUCCGUGCGCGGGCUCACCCCGCACAGUCCGAUUUGCGAGCAAGCCAUGUCGGCAUUCUUUCAACACGCCUACUACUAUCAUAUGGUGCUCUAUCGAGAAUAUUUCCUCCGCGAUUACAAGGCUGGAAAGGGGCUAUACUAUUCUGAGGCUCUGUUGUACGCUAUUGUGUCAAUAGGUGCUGUAAUUAGUAACAAUGAUUCAUUACGAGACUUGGCAGAGGUCUUCUCCGAUCACGCAGAGAGACUUAUUUAUAGCGGAGCACUCCAUUCGCCAAAUAUUACCACUAUUCAAGCGCUUCUAUUGAUGGGGCAAUUUCAGAUCGGUCGCAGAAACGAAACAAAGGGGUGGCUAUUUACAGGUUUGUCAAAUUAUACCGUCACUCUAUGCCAUGACUAA